AAUUUGAUUUGUAACGUAUUUUAAUGAUGAACCAAGUAAACACGUUUUUAUUUGUGAUCCUCCAGCAUAAUUAAUCCUCGAUCAAAAUACAAAAAAAAAUGAGUAGCCGAAAACAAACACCAAAUGAUUUCCUCAAACAAAUCAUUGGACGUCCAGUGGUUGUCAAACUGAAUUCUGGAGUCGAUUAUCGUGGCGUUUUAGCUUGUCUGGAUGGUUAUUUAAAUAUAGCAUUAGAACAGACUGAAGAAUAUGUAAAUGGACAAUUGAAACAAAAAUAUGGUGAUGCAUUCAUACGUGGUAAUAAUGUAUUCUACAUUAGUGCACAAAAACGAAAAUAUUAAUGGAUCACAUCAUCAAGCAUCAACAAACUCAUCACGAAUCGGUGGUAUAUCAAUGGAUUGAUUUUUCAAUCGUAUUACUAUUGAACAAUUUUUCACAAUCU